AUGGCGAGUGGCUCCUUCUCUCGCGACCAAGCGACAAGGAGACUGAGGGCUGCAGCAGCGGCAACGGCGGCGGCUCUCUCUGCGGUGGCGACCACCCCGUUUCUUUCCUCGGGCACCCCUACCGCACUCAUUGGGACCGGGUCGUCUUGUCCGGGAGCCAUGUGGCCCUCCACGGCCACCAGCUCCCGGUCAGACUCGGAGUCCGAUGAGGAGGACCUCCCCGUCGGGGACGAGGUCUGCAAACGCGGCUACCUUCGGAAGCAGAAGCACGGCCACAGGCGCUACUUCGUGCUCAAACUCGAGACAGCCGACGCCCCGGCUCGGCUGGAAUACUAUGAAAACGCCAGGAAGUUCCGGCACAGUGUCCGCGCCGCGGCCGCGGCGGCGGCGGCUGCCUCUGGCGCCGCGGUCCCCGCGCUCAUCCCGCCACGGCGUGUGAUCACCCUGUAUCAAUGCUUCUCCGUGAGCCAGCGAGCCAACGCCAAAUACCGACACCUCAUCGCCCUCUUCACCCAGGACGAGUACUUCGCCAUGGUGGCCGAGAACGAGUCGGAGCAGGAGAGCUGGUACUUGCUGCUCAGCCGCCUCAUCCUCGAGAGUAAGCGCCGCCGCUGCGGCACGCCGGGCGCGCUGCCGGAUGGGGAGCCAGCCGGGCCGGCGGCUGCAGCGGCGGUGGCCGAGCCACCCUUCUACAAGGAUGUGUGGCAGGUAAUAGUCAAACCCAGGGGGCUGGGGCACAGAAAAGAGCUGAGCGGCGUGUUCCGGCUCUGUCUUACCGAUGAAGAGGUGGUGUUCGUGAGGCUGAACACCGAAGUGGCCAGCGUGGUCGUCCAGCUCUUGAGCAUCCGUCGCUGCGGGCACUCGGAGCAGUAUUUCUUCUUGGAAGUCGGCAGGUCCACGGUCAUCGGCCCCGGGGAGCUCUGGAUGCAGGUCGAUGACUGUGUGGUGGCCCAAAACAUGCACGAGCUGUUUCUGGAGAAGAUGAGAGCCCUGUGCGCAGAUGAGUACCGAGCCCGCUGCCGCAGCUACAGCAUCAGCAUCGGCGCCCACCUGUUAACCCUGCUGUCCGCUAGGAGGCACCUGGACACGCUGCCGCGCGAGCCCGGCGGCUGGCUGAGAAGGUCCCGCUUUGAGCAGUUUUACCACCUCAGGGCCAUCGGCGACGGGGAAGACGAGAUGCCCCUCACCAGGCGCUACCUGACACCCAGCGAACCCGUGCCCACCUCCAGGCGAGCAAGGCUGCACCUGCCUAGAGCGCGCAGGUCCAGGAGAGCGAUUUCAGCGCCUGCCGGCUAUUUUCGCCGCCUCCCAACCAGCCCGGUACGUGUCCCACAUCCUGCAGAAGUCCCGAACCACAGAGCUGGCCUGUCUCCUGAAGCCUCUGGAUCUGGCAACUCUGGGGAAGAAGACAGCCCCCAAGGCCAAGAGACUCAGGAAGGAAACGGAGGUGACUACAUGCCCAUGAACAGAUGGGGCUCAGGCAACGGCCGGGGUUCCGGAAGUGGCCAGGGCUCAAGUGGCCAAGGCUCCAGUAGCCAGGGUUCACGAGGAAGCCAGUGCUCCGGCGGGGGGCAGGGCUCCAGUGGUGGCCAGGGCUCCAGUGGUGGCCAGGGUGCAGGAGGAAACCAGCGGUCAGGAGAUGGCCAGGGCACUGCAGGUGGGCAAGGCUCGGGCAGUGGCCAGGGAGCCAGCGGCGGUGGACAUGGCUCCGGUGGUGGACGGGCACCCGGAGAUGGCCAUGGCUCAGGCGGGGGUAAAAGCCAUGGAGGGGGCAAAGGCUCAGGAAGUGGGAAAACCUCGGAGGGCAAUGGUGAACGUGGAAAAUCUCUGAAGAAAAGGUCCUACUUUGGCAAAUUAACUCAAAGCAAGCAGCACGUGCCACCCCCUCCACCUCCACCCCCACCGGCUGGAGCAACUGGUGGCAAAGGGAAGUCUGGGGGAAGGUUCCGACUUUACUUUUGCGCUGACAGGGGAACCCCAAAAGAACGCAAAGAGGCCAAGGAGGUCAAAGACUUAGAGACACUGGAAGGUGUAGCUCAGGGGCCCCACAGAGCCAGAGCUUUUGACGAAGAUGAGGAUGACCCUUACGUGCCAAUGAGGCCGGGGGUGGCUGCCCCUCUCCCAAGCUCCAGUGAUUAUAUGCCAAUGGCUCCUCAAAACUUCGCUCCUUCAAAAAUGCACCACUCUCGAUCACCUUUUGAAGAUUCAAGAGGGUACAUGAUGAUGUUUCCCAGAGUGAGCUCACCACCUGCCCCAAGUCCCCCGAAAGAGGCAGAUCCUGAAAAGGAGGAUGAAUCAAAGGACAAUGACAGUGAGAGUGACUAUAUGUUUAUGGCUCCUGGAGCCGGUGCAAUUCCAAAAAACCCCCCAAAUCCUCAGGGUGGCUCUUCCUCUAAAAACUGGAGCUCUUACGUUUCCCUGCCAAACCCUUUUCAGGGCUCCGCAUUGGGACAGAGUGACCACAGUGAGUAUGUACCAAUGUUACCCGGAAAGUUCCCAGGGAAGGGCCUAGACAAGGAAGCCUCAUCCAGCGGGGGCCCCAAAGAUGCAGUUUCAAAGCCUUCAGCUGAGGGGUCAUUCUCAAAGCGUGGAGAUGGGGCGUCACUGACAAAGCCUUCAGAUGAUGGCCCCCCCAAGAACAAGGCUAAGAGACCUAACAGCCUCUCUUUCAUCACAAGAGGAAAUAAAAUCAAGCCAAAAUCACAAAAACCCACUCGUGAGCAGAGAGGAGCUGACAGCUCUCACGACUACGUCAACAUUGACUUCACUAAGAGAGAGAGCAAUGUGCCUGCCCCCUUUAUUCACGGACUGCCGGGUUCGUGGGGCAUCAUUGCUGGCCCCAGACCCUCAGCCUUUUCUAACUAUGUGAACGUUGAGUUGGGACUGCCAUUUCCAAACCCAGCACACAGGCUCUCGAAUCUUUUAAGAGCCAUUCCAGGUGCCAACCCCCUUUAUCUGGAAGGUGCUAGGUGGCCACUUGUGCCUCUUCCUCCCAACACGGCAGGUGGCAGUGUGAAUGAGGAAGAGGGUGACUACAUUGAAGUGAUUUUCAAUCCAGCAAUGACACCGGCCUUGCCUUUUGGUGACAGGGCCAUUCGCUAUGAUGCCGAAACAGGUCGCAUCUAUGUGGUCGACCCAUUUUCAGAGUGCUGUAUGGACAUUUCGCUCUCCCCUGGCCGCUGUUCCGAGCCACCACCUGUAGCCAGGCUGCUGCAGGAAGAACAACAGCCAGAGCGAAGACGCCCGCAAAGCCGUUCGCAAAGUUUCUCUGGGUCGGCCAGGGCCGCGGUCUCGGCUUUCUCAACCGACAGCCUCGAGAGAGACCUCUCGAGUCCCUUGGCUGCGGCCGCUGCUGCUUCGGCAGCUGCUCCCGCCUUAGCCUUGAGCCAGGCGUUUGCCGCCGCCUCUGCCCUCGUAGUGGCCCCGGGCAUCGGGGCAGCCGCCAGGGGCUUGGAGGCCGCCGCAGGCUUUAACUCCGCCUCCGCCCGCUGGUUCCAACCUGUUGCUGGCGCCGCGGCCGCUGCCGAAGCGGUCAGGGGAGCCCCAAACGUGGCCGGUGGCUCGAACCUGAGAGCCCCCAACCCAUCUGCAGACCUAGCUGGCGGUGAGAACGGGGCCGCAGCGGCCGCCCCCCGACCGCCGCCGCGCCGCCCGGUGCCGAGACCCCCGGGGCGAGAGGAUCCUUACGACGACGACGACGACGACGACGACGACAUCUACGUGAGAAUGGACUUUGCCAGACCUGACAACAAGAAGUUCGACUCUCCCCGCAGAGGUCCUGGAACUGAAGCUGCUGUUAAGAACUUUCCCAUGGUCAAAGAGAGUGAUUUCAUUGCCACAAAAACACACUUUAGAAGACAAGUGAUGCUUAUGAAGUUUCAUCUUUGUCCACUCCAGAUCUGCCUAAAAGAAAGAAAAUUCAGAGGCUUCUGA